AUGUGCCACUUUCAGGUCUCUUCACACUGCUGGCCAUCAAUUUUUCCCUGCAGGCGGAUAAACGGGCCUCCCUCCCAUGUGCCCCUAAUCUGCUGUCAGCCUCCAUGUGCACACACUGCUGCCAUGUGCCACUUGCCAGUGCCACUUUCAGCUCUUCACACUGCUGGUCGGCAAUUUUUUGACUAUAGGGUGCAGGCAGAUUACGGGCCUCACAUAGCUGCUGCCAGGCCCCUAAUCUGCCAUGGGCCCCUAUAUACCGCCUCCUGCUGCUGCCAGGUCCAGAGUCUGUCAUGGGUCCCUGUACGGCCUCCCAUGCUGCUGUCUCCAUCGCCACACUCUGCCAUGUGCCACUUUCAGGUC